GCCUUUUCUAAGCAAAACGUACACUCAACGUUGCUCCUUUCCCUGCGCACGGCUCUCAGAACAGACAUACGCCACACGGCAAACAUCGCACUGACAGCCACCGCAGCUCUCCGGCAAGAUUGACGUGGUUGUGACGGUCAUCACUUUUUCGUCAUUCCCAGAAUAUCACGCGAAUUUACCGUGCAAUUUGUUUCCAAAAUUUGUUCGCCCCCGCACGAUUCGCGACGGUGGAAAACGGAGCAAUUAUCGGAUCCAUCUUUCGCGGCCACCGGGGAAGCAGCAGGGAAAGCCGGUCCCAUACCAGUGGAAGAAAAAGGCAACGCGCUAUGUAACAGCUCGCCUGCUCGAAGUUGGCCGAGAAGAAGGCAGCCUGGGUGUACGGAUUUUUUUUUGCUCCCCCCCCCGAUACUCACAUCUAAUCAGUUUCGGUACACUUGCUUUACCCCAUUGUCGUUGAUUGUGUUACAUAUUGUUUUGAUUCUACAAGGGGAUAGUCGUGGCUAGAGUAGAAUAAGCAAGCUUUGUUGUGCCCUGUUCUUACAAUACACCUGACCUGAUAUUGAUCGUGUGUUUAUCUGUAAACCAUUUCUGUUCUGUACUGCCCCGGGAUCCAUCUACAUUGCUCUCGAACCUGCAUAAUCUACCAAUCGCGGCGCGUGUCUGUGUAGGUCGCUUUGGGUAGGGGCACCCUUCUCGAAACGUCACACAACAUAAUUGGAUUACAGUGCCCGCGACAGAGGGCGGGGGAAGCGAGAAGGCCAGUAAAUUGAACCGCAGCUGCAGCAUUACACACUGUGCGCGAUUGCACGGUUAUUUAUGCCACCGUGUGCACCAUCGCACCACCACCGUAGGCGUAUUUAAGUUUUCCCCUUGACGUGCGAUAGCGAACGCAGCACAUUGGCGUGGUCGGUAGUAGCUCUAAACUAACGGCAGCACAGUGUAUCAUCACGCAAGAUGAUGAACGAAGAAUCUUCAUCGCCGGCUAGCAGUAAUGUGGUAGCACAAUUCUUCAAGCGAUUAGGACAGAUUUAUCAACUUCAACUGGACAAAUGGACACCGCACACGAAGGUACGGUGGGCGGCCGCCCUCGGCUUGAUAGGUCUCUUUCUCCUGCGCGUAUUCACCAAACAGGGCUGGUACAUUGUCACGUACGCGCUCGGCAUUUAUCAUCUAAAUCUAUUCAUCGCUUUCCUCACGCCGAAAAUCGAUCCGGCAUUCGAUUUGGACGAUGACCAAGGUCCCGAGCUGCCAACGAAGGCAAACGAAGAGUUCCGACCAUUCAUCCGGCGGUUACCGGAGUUUAAAUUCUGGUACGCCAUCAGCAAAAGUACGGUGAUCGGUAUCGUCUGCACCUUUUUCGACAUGUUCGACGUGCCGGUCUUUUGGCCAAUCCUGGUGCUUUACUUCAUCACGCUGUUCUGCAUUACGAUGAAGCGGCAGAUAAAGCAUAUGAUUAAGUACCGAUACCUGCCGUUCACCCACAGUAAGCCCCGCUACCAGCCGGUGGCGACGGAAAAGUGACAAUUAAAAGCACAAACUCUACCAGCAUCCUCGUCCACGUCCUCGUUGGCGUCCGUGUCCGGUGUCGGCGGUGUGUCGCCGAUGCCAGCCGGUGCCAGUACGUCGUCCGCCGGUGCACCAACCACGACGACGGUUCUGGCGGGCGUUCACCCAUCAGCGGUGGCGGGCAUGCCGUCGGCUGCUUCGGUGACUACCGUCUAAAGCAUGGGACAGGGAAUGGGAAACCAUAAUGAAGAAAAACACUCCACGCGUACGUGGAGAGAGACCCGUGUCGUCACAGAGCCUGUACCAUCCGUAAGACAGUCUCCUCUCUCCAUUCGCCUGAAAGACGUUCCGCUAUAGAAUCCGUUUUGUACAGCAUAUAGAGUUCCGUUUUUUCACACACAAACACACACACAUGCCCGGUCGUUCAAUCCGUGUUUUCUUUAAAUUCGAUGCGUCGCGUGCGGUUACGGUUUCUUUCUUCACCAUUCCCACGAUGUCCGCGUCCAAGGUAUCUCGCUAGAACCGCCAGCCAGCAGCAGUAGUACCGACCGAUGGCGGACCGAUCCCCCCAUGGCGCUGGUAUUGAUUUGUGCUUACGUCGUCCGUAGCAAACAAAAAACAUGUUGAGUUUAAUGGUUUCGAUUGUAUCGUUUGUUUGUUUUCCUUCCUUCCUUCUUUUAGUGCUACAACACAAAUGCUUUCCCUUGUUUUUUUUUUCCUUCUUCAAUCCCAAACAACAAACUCCUUCCAAUAGUAGUGUUCCCGGCUAAAAUGGGCUUAUUGGAAGAAGCGGGCGGGUUUUGAUUUUUUUGAACUAUACGAUACUAUCCGCACACGUGUUGGAAUAUAAAAAAAACAAGUUCUUUUUUAAGGGGAAAAGAAGCAGCAACCAAAAAUGAAGAAAAUCAUUUAAAAAAUGGGCAAGCGAAAAAGCGUAUACGCGACUAUGAACGCGCCUUCUAAGUAAGUUGUUAGUAGAAAUGCAAUUUAUGGUUUUAGUAUCGCAGGGAGGGGAGUUUUAGAGGAGCUGCAGGAUUGCAUUGUAAUUAUUGCGUGUAAUUAUGGAUGCUAAGUUCAUUAUUAAUAUUAUUAUAUGAUAUCAUUUGUGUUAAGUAGCAGCAGCAGCAGCAAAGUAUUUCCUCUACAUAGUUUUUCCUUUCCGUUUAGUUUGGAUUCUGUUCCUUUUUUUUAUUUUAGUACACUUUUCAAUCUAUUUUUCCACCUCCCUCAUUUGAAAAAAGAAAACCCCUAAAAACAGAAAUAGCCAUACUUUUACCUUCACCAGUAUAAUACAACGAAGAGAAAGAGAGAAAAUUGAUGUGUACCCUACCCCCCUAACCUAUUCUUUAGUUCCUGCUUUUACUUUAAGUUUGUAUCCCGGACCCUGAUUUAGUUUUCCCGAACAUCGAAUAAAUGUGAGCGUGCCUCCGAUAACCGAUACACACACUCACACAGAGAUGCCACUUGUCGCUCCAAGGAUCAUCAAUCAAAUCAAACGGACCUGGUCAAACUUAAAUGACCGAUGAGAAUAUUUUCUUUUUGUUCUGUUUUGUUCUGAUGAUGAUUGCUAUUUUGCUUAGAUAACUAAGCUUGCUUGGAUGGAAGAUAGUUGCAUUUGGAUACACGCUUGAUGACUUACAGCUCUUCGUGCUCUGAUAAAAGGCUCAGUGGAGCAAGAUAACCGAUCGCAACAGGUGUCUUCUGUGUGCGUGUGUGUGUCGGUUGGUGGUACGCUUUGGUAGAACUUAUA